UCAUGCAGAUUUUUCUCCACUGUCUCAUUAGCCCGUGCCCGGUCCUGCAGUCCUAUAUUUGCUAUGAUUCACUGCAUAUGUAUGCAUUCCCUACUUCCAGCUGUCACUCGGAACUUGGUGUUUUUUACAUUAAGGAGCAGUGUGCUCUUCAAACUCAGAGCUCCCAACGCAGCCCUGGGGAACUGGCCAUCUGCCACAAAGCCCAGCGAUCACUACCUAUCUUCCUUCCGCAGGGUACUAAUACAUCGCACGAAAGCUGCAGCAGACUUAGUGAAACCUUCCGGUUCUUUGGGGAACUAUGUCUGGUGACAAGAGCGGGGACUUUGAGGGACUUUUAUACCCGUCGCCGAUCAGAGACUACGGGAAUAUCUACAAACCCAAUAAUAAAAUGGAAGAUGAGAAGAUGAACGAGAAAUACGUGACUGAUGUUCACACCAAAGAGAUCGACUUGAUCAACAGAGAUCCAAAACAUCUGAAUGAUGAUGUGGUUAAGGUGGAUUUUGAAGAAGUGAUUGCUGAACCAGAGGGAACUCACAGCUUUGAUGGUGUUUGGAAAGCCAGCUUUACUGUCUUCACAGUGUCUAAAUAUUGGUGCUACCGCCUGCUGUCAGCACUCCUUGGGAUACCUUUAGCAAUUAUUUGGGGAAUUUACUUUGCGAUUUUAACAUUCAUCCACAUUUGGGCCGUGAUGCCCUGCAUUAAGAGCUAUUUGAUUGAAAUCUAUUGCAUCAGCAGAGUUUACUCUAUUUGCAUUCACACCUUCUGUGACCCUUUCUACGAAGCUGUGGGGAAAAUGUUCAGCAGUAUCCGGGUAUCAAUGCAGAAAGAAGUGUAAAUAGGAAAAUAUUGAUAGAAGUGGUUGAUCACUUUAUCAUGUAUAGCUUCCCACCAAAUGGAAGUUCAGUUUCUUUUCGGAGAAACAACUUGGUGCCUUUAAACUAAUAGCACUGUCAUAGGAAAAAAUGGUGCAUGAUCUUGCAUUUUAUUACUUAUCCCUGGAGUGUUCUGUUAUCCUUUUAUGGUACUCCGCAUUUUAACACUGAUCUAAGCUUAACACCUACAUUCCUACACUGUUAUAUACCAUAUGACUGCUUUUGUAAACAAAAUGAGUCAUUGCCUUUCUUCAGCAAUUUAGCCCUACUGCUUUUUCACUCCAUUGUGUCCCAUAAAACCAGAAGGUCGAUUCUCCGAUUCACAGUACUGUACUUAGCAAGAUGGUAAGGAUAAAGGAUUAAACACUGAGCAUAGGAUCCUUCAUACUGUUUAAAUAGUAGAGACUUGCAACAAGAUGAGAUGAGUCAUUUUGCAGUGAGAUGAUAAUCGUGUUAUUUCCUAAAACACAAUGCAACAAAGAAUUUCCUUUGUUUAAUUUUACUUGAGGUUGUUGGGUUUUCUAAAAACACGUCAUUAUAAUUUACACAUCUAGAGUGCCAGUCUGGAAUAGCCUACAGCUAAUGCCAGCUAAGUAUUUUGUUGAAUAGUCAUUUUAAUUGGAAACUAAAUAGCUCCACAGGAGUUAUGUUGUGUUUUGAUGCCUUCAGAAUUGAAUCCUCUCCCAGCACCAUCCAGAAUGUAUAAUGAUCCUUAUUAAAGUUUUCCUUCAGUAAGCAUUUCAACAAUUUUUGUCCCUUUGCCUGUCAUGUUUUAAACUCUCUAACCUGCUCCAGAGUAUUAAAAAGAGAGCAUUGGCAAAAAAAUGUUACAAUACACCUGAUGCUUGCACCAUUUGAAAAAUUGUGACAAAUUGUUACCUUGCCAUACGAUUAAAUUACUGAAUGUAAUUAAAAUUCUCCACAUUGUACAUUGCAACAUGUUAACUAGCUUUAUAAAAAGACAAUAUGCAACCCAAAAGGGUUAAUAUCCAGAAUUUUCCAGCUUAGAUGAUGGCAGCAAUAGCCUAAAGCCAAAACCAAAGCACGUACUACUGAAGCAGGGUAUGUUUUGUUAAGUAGAGUUACCUGUGGAACACUGUAUGUGCCACACCCUCCACUUUUUAAAAUUUCAAACGUAUUCAUAGGCUCAAGCUUUUUUCAUACCAGAUACAUCAGCUACAGCUGCCACAUUGAAAAUAUGCAACAAAAAGUUAGAAUAGGGUUUGCUACAUCUGCUGUUUUACAGAGACAUUGUUGGAAAAUUCUUACUGGGGUUGUAUAUAGUCAAAAUAUAGUUUAAGGUCUUCCACAAAAUUAAAAAGAAAUAAUUUUAUAACCAUACGGUUUUUUGCAGAAGCUAUUUUAUAUAAAUGCAAUUAUAUCACUUAUUAAUCAUACAGUAUAUAAAAUUUAGCCUUUAUUUUUUAUUGUCACCUUUUAAUUGUGUUGUUGCAAAUUAUUUGAUCUCUUGGUAGGUUUUUCCAAGUCAUAUUGGAGCUUAUUGAUGCGGUAGAUGUUCAACCAUUUAAAGUAUGUUAGCAUGUAAGAGCUGAAAUUAUUUGAAAAAAAUAAAGAACCAAAUGUUUACACUAAA